CCCACCUUUUGUGAGUUGUUAUACACGCAUCCUUCCAAAAGAGAAAAGAUAGUUGGUACAGCAUAUCUUCAUCCUAAUUCGACUAGGAUUAUACAUAACGGGCCAAUGUCUGAUGGUUAUGUGAAAAUCGAAGUAAUUGAAAUAUAUCCCGAAUACAAGAAAACGUCGCUUCCUGAACUUUCAUGCUACGAGGAACUUGAAGAUUAUGGUGAUGCCAUUGGUCAUUUCAUUCAGUGGCCACUUUCUUCUAUAAAGCUUUCAAACAUAGAGGCAACUCAUCAUCUUCCAACCAUGAUACAACCAGCUCAUGAAAACACAUGUUAUUCACCAGAGUUUGAGGAUGUCACCGAACAAUAUCAAGUUCAUGAAAAUCAUCAAAUUGAUAUGACAAUGGUCGAAAAUGUUAGCGAUGAGUUUCUAUUUGGCCCGCAUGAUGUUUCAACUGAACAUGACGUUGACGGAUCAGAAGAACUGGAUAUGAUGUUUUCGGAACCUGUUGAACAAACUCAAGCUUCAACGAUGUCAAAGGAACAAAAAAGAAUACAAGAGGCCUUGUGGAAUAUAGAACAUUUGCGCCCUAAAAGUAUAAAAUCAUUGGCCGAACGAUUAAGAAAACACUAUGGCGGCGAGAUGAGCAUUCAACUUAAGUGUCCUACUGGGAUGUAUCCCACUACCGAUUCCGGUCACUCAUAUGACUACGUCGAAUAUGAGGGGGUGUUGCAGUUUUUAGCAAACGGAUUGCUUGAUGCCAGCUUCAUACAUUGGUGUCAAAUGUUUUUAUAUAAUCACAUGCGGUCAAAAAAAGAGAACGCAAAAGGAAAAACUCGUGUUGCCUACUUCAAUACCCAAUACAUCACCGGGAAAGAAUGUGAGAAAAAUCUGGCAAGUGUUAAAGAACACUUAGUCGAGGUCUACAAACUUCACAAGGACAAAAAGUAUUUUCUCGCUCCAUUUUUCUACGGUGGUCAUUGGGUGUUGUUUAUUGUGUCCCCUUCGGACCGAAAAGGUUGGAUUUUGGAUUCAGUGUCGAUUAGAGCCGAAAAGAAUAAAAAUCAUUAUCCUCUAACAAAAGCAAUUGAAACUACCUUUGGAAGUCAAUUUACAUGGAAGAUGGCAAAGUGUAUGCAACAAGAUGGCUCUUGGGAGUGUGGAUAUUUGGUAAUAAGAAACAUGUUCAACUUUGUUCUCCAAAAGCAAUAUGAUUUUCCGAAAAAGAUUUGGAACGACACAAGAGAUGUCACUGAAGCGGAAAUCGAUGAGUUGGUUAAGAACAUCAUGACUCGGUUUUUCAGAGAAGUGUUUAAUGAUACCACCAAGAAAUAGUAUCGUGUUUGAACAAUUUUUGUAAGAUAUGUCCGCUAUCAAACAUGUUUGGGAUAUAUCUGUUUAGGUUUGUUGAUGAAACACGUUUGUGAUGUUUGUUUGGAUGUUUAAUGUAAUUUUGGUUUCAUUUA